AUGAACGAGACUGAAGUUUGCCAUUACCUGAAGCAGUUUCGGUCGUUCUUCCUCGGCGUCGCAGGAGGCGCUAGGGAUAGGAAUGGUGUAGGUAUUUUAGUCGACGGGGAUCUUAGGGAGCGAGUGGUGGAGUUUAAGAGGAUCAGUGAUGGGUGGAUGGCUAUUAAGCUAGUUAUCGGUAGGCUUAUUAUGAAUGUUGUUAGUGCUUAUGCGCCUCAUAUGGGCUUGGAUGAGGAAGUCAAAAAGCUCUUUUGGGAGGGUUUGGAUGAGGUAGUGAGAGGUAUACCGGGCACCGAAUUUUUUUUCAUUGGCAAAGAUUUCAAUGGGCAUAUCGGUGCAUCUUCCAGUGGUUUUGAUGAUGUUUAUGGAGGCUUUGGUUUUGGGGAGAGAGACGGCGGUGGGGCGUCUCUCUUGGACUUUGUUAAAGCUCUUGAAUCGUGGUUGGAGUGUGUGGAUGAGGAUGAGAAGGGGAGACUUAAGGUUAUCUAUAAGACGACGAAGACAGAAGCAAAGUUGGAGGUCAUGAGUGCUAAGACGUCAACAUUUGAACGAUUAUAUAUGGAGCUAGGGGAUAAAGGUGGUGAUAAAAGAUUGUAUAGGCUCGCGAAAGCGAGAGAGAGAAAAGCUCAUAACUUAGAUCAAGUGAUGUUCAUCAAGGAUGACGAAGGUAAGGUGCUAGUGGACAAGACCUUUAUUAAGCAAAAGUGGCAAGCUUACUUCUACAAACUCUUAAAUAAAGGGGACAGAGACAUUGUUUUGGGUGAUUUGGCGCUCUCUCAUAGUCUUUGGGAUUUUGGAUACUGCAGGUGCAUUAGGGUUGAAGAGGUUAGACAUCCUAUUAGUAGGAUGUACAGGGGGAGAGCGACCAGUCCUGAUGAGACUCCGAUGAAUUUUUGGAAGAGCAUUGGCAAGGAAGGUAGAGAAUGGUUGUCUAAGUUGUUUAAUGUUAUUUUGAAGACAGAUAAGAUGCUCGAUGAAUGA